AAUUAUUACCUAUGAUUACUAUUUAUUAAUGCUUCUUCUAACUUAGUAUGGCUCUAACUAUAUUUUACCAAAACGUUAGGGGAUUACGCACCAAAACAAAACAAUUUUAUUUGAAUCUUUUGAAUAUGAAUUAUGAUAUAGUUUGUUUGAGCGAAACAUGGUUGUCAGAAGGAUUUUUCAAUGAAGAAUUUUUUGACUCGCGAUAUAGUGUAUACCGAAAUGAUCGUGAUUACAAGCGUCUAGGAGUGACUAUGGUUGUGUUACUGUAGACAUGCGUCACUCUUACGUGCCUCCAUGUUUGCCUGAUGCGGACAUUACUUCUCUGGACCUACUUUUGGAAAAGUAUACAACCCGAAAAAAGUUAAGGGUUUUCUGCUGUUAUUUUCCACAAAACACACAACAAAGUAACUCUCAAGCUACAUUUUUUGAAUAUUUAUCUGAUCUAGUAAUUAAAUUCCCAAAUGAUAAAUUCAUAGUAUUAGGAGACUUCAAUGUUAAGGAUGCAACAUGGCUGCAUGUUCCCGGAGGACAUAUUACCAUUGUAAACACUUCUUAUAAUAAUUUAGUUAAUCAGCUAUUUGCAUUUAUGACAUUUACAGGAUUUAAGCAGUAUAAUAAUAUUUACAACAAUAAUAAUAGACUAUUAGAUCUUGUUUUAUCUAAUACGGUUUGUGUGGUCAAUAGAACAAAACCAUUAGCAUUGCCAGAAGACGGUCAUCAUCCAUCCUUAGUGGUGAAGGUUGAGAGUGAAAAAAAUAACAAGUACUUACGAGCACCGACUCGUGUUGUUCGUUGUUAUCACAACGCCGACUACAAUGCAGUUAAUGAUGAAUUAUCAAAAAUUGACUGGGUUGAAGAGCUCUCAUCAGAAGAUAUAACAUGUGCCGUAGGAAAAUUUUAUUUUAUACUUAACCAUAUUAUAGAUCGAAUUGUCCCUACAAAACUAGUGCAUGAAAAUGAUAAGUUUCCGUCGUGGUACUCUAGAUCUUUAAUAAAGUUAAUUAAGAAAAAACUGAAAGCUCAUAAAAAAUGGAAAAUAUACGGAAGAUCUAGUGAUUAUGAUAGGUUCUCGGAAUUACGCCGUGAAACAAAACGUUUAGAAGCAGAAUGCUAUGAUUUAUUUAUUAAUAAGGCCGAAAAUAAUAUUUAUAGCAAUUCUAAAAAAUUCUGGGCAUUUGUAAAAUCUAAGCGAAGUAGUAAUUGCAUUCCAGACUGUAUGUACUAUGAUGAUGAUACUGGAUCAGACGGUCAAAUGAUAGCUAAUAUGUUUAACACAUUCUUUAGCUCCGUUUUUACAGCCGAUUCUAAUACUAGAUUUAGCCAUGAUAACUUACCAUUAAGAUAUACUCAAACUUUUGUAGUUUACCAUCAAUAUGGAAAAUGUCUUUAA